UUGUUUGUGGUGAAAAUUUCAAACGAAACGUUAUGUUGUUUUGCUUUGACGUUUCAAUUUGUCAGCUCGUGUUUGUGUUGUUCACGCACCAGUAAAAUGAUGUUGAUUAGGCAACGAAUUGGGACAGUUUAUCUGCUUUCCAGGACUUCCUUCCGGGCGUGCACAUCCAAUUCGAAUGGUGACGAUGCGGGUAAAGGUCCGAAAACUGGCAGCUCCGAUACCAAGCUGGUAGUUCGGACACAAUUCUUUGAGCAUGUAUCACAGAAAGACAAGAAAACCUACAUAGAAAUGGUGCGUGUAUUCGAGGAUCGGAGCGUCCACCGGAGAAAUCACGUCGAGUUUAUCUACGCGGCGUUAAAACAUAUGGAAGAAUUUGGGGUGCAGAGAGAUUUGGAAGUGUAUAAAGCCCUGAUCAAUGUGAUGCCGAAGGGUAAGUUCAUACCGACGAACAUCUUCCAGGCCGAAUUUAUGCAUUAUCCGCGCCAGCAGCAGGUCAUUAUCGAUCUGCUGGAACAGAUGGAGGAUAAUGGGGUCAUACCGGAUUACGAGAUGGAAUCAAUGCUGAUAAAUGUGUUCGGUAAGAAGGGUCACCCUGUUCGCAAGUAUUGGCGUAUGAUGUAUUGGAUGCCAAAGUUUAAAAACUUGUCACCGUGGCCUCUGCCGAACCCCGUCCCGAAUGACUCUCUUGAACUGGCAAGGAUGGCCGUGGAGCGGAUGUGUACGGUAGAUUUGCUGUCGGAGAUAACUCUGUUCGACACGAAAGACGUUCCCGAUGCAGUCGAUCAAACGUGGAUUGUAAGCGGCCAGAGUUCGGAGCAGACGGGAUUGCUUGCACGCCACAAGCUGAAACCAGUGUUUAUCGAGGGUCCGUUUGUGAUAUGGCUGAGGAAUCGAUCGAUUAAUUAUUUUCUGCUGAAAAGCGAGUCUAAUCCGCCACCGCCGGAGGACGAACGCGAUUUUGACGACGUUCGCAAUAUACGGAUACCAUUCCUUGGGAUUGGAAUAAGUCAUAGGAUGGAAUCUAGCAAGAACAAAGUCGGAUUCAAACGAUCCGUUCACGAGCAGGACGAUGGAACAAUUUUCGCAAUAUGCUGUACGGGUUCAUCAACCAAGGAUUCCUUGCUGUCGUGGGUGCGGUUACUUCAGAAACACGGAAAUCCAUAUCUGGCACAAAUGCCAGUGCUGUUUCGAUUUACCUCCCCGGUGCCUGAUCAGCUGAAGGUGGCCGCUCCCGAUGACAGUGAGGAAAUAAGUGCAUAGCCGCAAUCAAGAAAAUUGUGAAUAAAAACGUUGUGGUAUUGUGGUAUUGAAUUUAUUCGACAUUGUGAGAACACACAUCUAGAGCGUUAAGUAGAAUAACUGUUUAGUUUGUUCUUUUUUUAUAGUACUGAACAUUUGCGAGAAAAAAUGUGCUUCUGUCACAAUCUUAGAGAAGACGAAACUAAAUAGUUAAACGAUCGUAAGGAUCAUUUAUAUCACUUGCUAAUCGUUUUGAAAUCACAGUUCAAACUUUUUUUUUGUUUCUGUUACCAUGAAUACAGGUAGUAAUUCAGCGAUCAUGGAUCUUAUCCUGUUGUACGUUCACUUUUAACAUUCAUCAAAGUUAAUUUGUUUUUCCAUUGAGCGGAAAUACUUGUGUUACUUUUCCAAUACCUUUGCUGGUACCCUCGCGGAACAGUAUCCUCAUUCCGGGACGAAUAUACUCGGGAUGGCGCACUAAUCGGAACAGUACCGAUGCAGUCUGAUUGGUACUGAUUCCUGCCUCCGUCCCUCCCAUGAUUCCCUCAAUCACAGCCGUUUGCCGGAUGCUUCCGAUGUGCACCGUUGUCUGGAAGCCUUUAUAGAUGCGGGUUGCGUGAAACAGUACCGAAACCCGAGCCUGAAA